CUUGCUCUCAUGCCCAAAACAUAGGUAGUUUGGCUUGCAAGUGAAACAUUCAACUAUAGUGCAAUAGAUCGUGCAAAAUCCAGAGGAAAGAAAUACGCUCUUGAAAAAGUGCCAAAGCUUGGUCGCAGGUUCCAUAGGAUUGGACUGCCGCCAAAGACCUCAGCCUGUAUCCUAUUUCUAUGGGUUGGCUCCUUUCAACUGUUUGUAGCAAGUUACAAGGAAGCAGAUUAUUGGCUUCGAAAAUUUGAAACCGACUCUUUGCCAGAAAACACUCGCAAGCAAUUUCAGUCUCACUUUGAGAAAUUGGUGAUCUUAGAUUACAUCAUUAGGAAUACAAAUAGAGGAAAUGAUAACUGGCUAAUGAAAUAUGAAAAGCCAGAAGCCAGAAAAGAGCCUUCUGAUGAGGACUCUGAAUGGACACAUUGCAAAGAACCUGUCAUUAAAAUUGCAGCAAUCAACAAUGGAUUAGCUUUUCCAUUUAAAUAUCCUGAUGAGUGGAGAGCCUAUCCAUUUCACUGGGCUUGGCUUCAUCAGGCAAAAAUUCCUUUUUCGGAAGAGACAAGAGACUUUGUUCUUCCCCGAAUUUCAGAUAUGAAUUUUGUUCAGGAUCUUUGUGAGGAUCUAUAUGAACUCUUUAAGGUUUGUUUUCUAAUGGACUUUCAAAUGAUUGUACAUAGGAAAUUGAGCUUUCCAGGGAAAAUUUUGAACCUUACCCAGGCACUUAAAGAUGGGAAAAGCCCCAUUCAACUGGUCCAGAUGCCUCGCGUGGUUGUGGAAAGAAGUAGUAGUUCGGGAAGCCAAGGCAGGAUAGUGCACCUGAGCAAUGCCUUCACCCAGACAUUUCAUUGCAGAAAACCCUUCUUUUCAUCUUAGUAGUGAAUGUUUAAAGAAACUAAU